AUGUCGCCAAGAAUCACUUUUAAGCAAUCUAGAUGGUCAAUUCAACAAUGCUUAAGAGCCUCGUACGUGAACUCUAGGUCUUCUAGCUCUUGUAGCGGGAAGGCUACCACUUUUCCAGUUGAAGAAUCAUCCAGAGCCCUGAGGCAUCUAGAGUUCGUCAAGCCCAUGAAUUUCGAGAAGGGUCUCAAGAUACAAGAACACUUUGUAAGAGCACAGUUAGAUAUGAAGCAUCUCACGUCGAAGAUUGACAGAAAACUUAGAGAAUUAGAAGUAGAGCAUCCGGGAGCUGUAAUCAACGAACACGAGGAACUUAUUUUAAAGAAUAUCUUACAGAUGAAACCCAACCCCGUGGUCUUGACAUUUGAAUUUGAUCCCACUUACACAGGUGGUAAGCGGAGUAAGAAGGAUGUGACCCCGGAGGAAAUUGCUAUAUUUGAGUCUUUCGUUCCCAAAACUCAAAUUGAUAAUCCUCCUCCGAGAUUUGUUCAGGCAGAGAGAGGUGGCCAAGUCACAUUUCAUGGCCCCGGGCAAGUAGUAGCAUAUGUGAUACUCGAUCUGAAGAGUUUCAAUGCUUUUCCAGCAAAAUGCUUGGUGUCGGCUAUUGAAGAUUCAACCAUUAGCACUUUGAGAAAGGUUCCCGGAGGUCAAAAUGGUACUGCUUUGGGCUUAGAAGCCCGCAAGACGUCUGAGACUGGAGUUUGGAUCAAUGAGGAGGAAAAGAUCGCCAGUAUAGGCAUUCACGUUAGAAGAUCCAUCACAUCUCAUGGUGUAUGCAUCAACGUCAACCCAGAUCUAUCGUAUAUGAAUGGUUUUGUAAUGUGCGGGUUGCAGGGCACAAAGGCUACAUCUGUCCUGGACCAGCUCCCACAAAGCUCUUGCUCAACACACGAUGUUGCGGUCAUGUUUGCCAAUGAACUGGCCAGAAAACUGGGGAUUGAAACCGUGGAAAGGAUACAACUAGAUGAUAUAGAUAUAGAUUAA